CUCCCUCCAUGUUUGUUUCCUUUCUCAGGGGGAGUCCUGCGGCCCGAACCUUCCAGCUGGUGGUGCAGGAGCUGGUGGUGAAGUAGUGGCGUGAGGACCCCGCGCCUUAACAUAAAAAGGAAGGUGGCUGCAAUCGAUGGUGGUGUGUGCCUCUGGCUGUUCCUUAUGGCAGCCACGGACCCCCAGGUCCUGGCCUUGGCUGCUCAGAUCACUGAGAGCACAGAACAGGACAUCCCCCUGCUGCUGCUGAAGUUAAAGGGAAUUUUAAGUAGUCCUUCCUUAGGAUGUGAAGAAUUAAAUAAAAUUAAGCAAGAUCUGUAUGAUUAUGGUCUUACUCAGUACUGCUUGCUGGUCCUUAAGCGAGACCACUCUCAGCUACAUGGAGCCUGGGCUACUGCUGCCCAGCUAGCAGAGAUACUAAGCCAUUGUUGUGUAGGGCUAGAAGUGAAAGAAGAUUCUGAGGAAUUUUACAAGAAGUUUCUUCCUUCAGCUAUAGACAGCCUGCUGGUUUUGGGAAAACGCUUGCAAGCACGAUUUAUCCGAGCAAUGAAGGAUAAAGAAAAACAAGACUUUUUACAUUGGUUCCAAGUAGUAACUGAUGCCAUCUGCUGGCUGUUCGGUGGGCAUAUUCAACUAGCAGCAUGUGUACUACAAAAUGAUCGCUUCCUGCAGUUGUUAAUAACAGAUGAUGUUGAAACAGCAAUUAUAAUGAUGUCUGUGUUACACAAUAUUUUGAGGAUCAAUAGUUCUGUCUUGCUUCAAGUUGAAGAAGAGACCCUUCACUCUGUUUUGGAUGAACUUGUUUAUAAGCUUUCCUCUACCACCAAUCCUGCCGUAGGAAGUGCUGCCACAAAACUGCUGUUGUUAGUGGCAAAAUUUUGCGAACAGCUUGUGCAGUUAUUCACAGCUCGCUACAAAGGAUUAAAAGGACUUUUAAGUAAACAGUGGACCGGCAAAGGAUUUGACAGGGAGGUCAAUCAACUCUUGGACCUGCUGUAUUUGGAACAAACCAGUGGAAAAGGAGAAAUGCAGAAGCAGCAUCAAGCAGCUUGUAUAAUCCAGGCAGCAUGGCGGGGAUUUCAGACAAGGAAAAGGCUGAAAAAACUACCCCAAGCAGUGAUCAUUUUACAGAGAAGCUUCAGAGCUAAACGGGAACAGGAGCUGCAGCAUUUAACGAAACAGAAGGAAGAUGAAGCUCUAAAACUGCAAAUGCAACUUCAGAGACAGAGGGCUAUGAGACUCUUCCAUGAACGACAGCUGGCCUUACUGGAAGUUGUCCAUGCCAGUCAGGUGAAUAAAUACAUGCAGGAAAUGGAGGAGAAGUCAGCAUUAACUAUCCAGAGAUUCUGGCGAGGGCAUAGAGCAAGAAGAAUUUUUCAUCAGCAGAAACAAUCUCUUAAGGAAUAUAAGGCAGCUAUCAUCAUUCAGAGAGCAGCUUGUAAAUUCUUGGAGAAACGAAGAAGGAGGAGACCUCUCUCUCCUUGGAAAGGACCCAAGGGACUGACUGAUGAGCAGAGACUAGCUUUGCAGCAGAAGGUGGAUGACUACAUCAAAUUGCAUCCGGCUUCCCAAAUGUCAGAAGAAACGAGUAAAGAAUUGCAUAUGCAGGCUCAGACAAAGUUGGCACAGUUCCUGUUGAGGAGCAGGCUGGAUCAGAGAGCAGCACAGCGGAGAGAGGCUUUACUGGCUCAGGUCAACACUGAUGUGGAGCUGCUAAUGAAUGCUCCAGGUUUAGCAGAGACCACAGAAAAAGAUCUUGGUACCUUUAUGAGUCGAUCAAUCCCUGUAGCUACCAAGGCAAGACAGACCCACAACACUAUGCUAAAAUACACUCGCUUGCCAUGGUGGAGGAAGCUUGGAGAUGAGUUUACGGAGGAUGAUGUAAUUCCUGACGAUGCCAUAAACACAGAACUGGAAACUCUCUUUAUUGGAGGAAGGAAGUCCCUUUAGGUAACAAGCACAAGAAUUUCACAUUCAACCAGAGUCAUAUGUGCACUAUGCACUCACUUGUGUAUGUUUCUAAGGAAGGAAAGCAUAUUAAAAAGACUGAAAAAGA